UGAGUCCCACCUCUUAUCUCGUCGGGCUGCCUAAGCCUAUUAUGCAUUGAUGUAAAUUUGUUCUUACAAACCAAACUAUACAUACACACACAUAUAUAUGUAUUCGAUCUUCUAGAACCAACCAUCUGAUCCUCUCAAUUCCUCAUCUGUUCUUCCCAACACACACACACACAUAUAUAUAUAUAUAUAUUCUGCAGAAGGUAUAUAUUGCCUGAAUUCCUUCAACGGCAAUGGCAGCUGCGUUGCUGAGGAGAUCACGAGCAAUUACAAAUUUGGUCAGGACAACAGCAACAGUUUCUCUGUCUGAUCAGUUCACUGCUCUUCAAUUUCAUCGCUACCGUCGGUACAGGCGCUCGCCGGCGGCGACCGGUGAUUUUGCCGGAAAACCGUACGGAUUAUGUAAUGAACCGCCGUUCGCUUCCCGCCGGUUUGAAUCGGCGGCCGCAGGGCAGCCGAUCGUGGCGGAGACCGAUGAAGACGACGACGGAAGUGACAGACAGGGCGUCGAAUUUCCCGGCGGCAGAGUUCCAUUUACUCCUCAGAUGAGGUUCAUUCCAGAAUCUUCGAACGAUAGGGUUCCCUGCUACCGCGUGCUGGACGACGAUGGCUAUCCAAUCGAAGGCGGCCUGUACGAGGAAGUGGACAAAGAGAUUGCAGUGAGAAUGUACAGAAGCAUGGUGACUCUGCAAACAAUGGACACCAUUUUGUACGAAGCGCAGCGUCAGGGGAGGAUAUCGUUCUACAUGACGGCAGGGGGAGAGGAGGCUGUCAACAUUGGGACAGCCGCCGCCCUAUCGUCGGACGACAUUGUGCUGCCUCAGUAUCGGGAGGCAGGAAUCUUAUUGUGGCGCGGAUACACACUGCAAGAAUUCGCUAACCAGUGCUUCGGGACGAAGAACGAUCCCGGCAAAGGCCGCCAAAUGCCGAUUCAUUAUGGCUCCAAGGAUCAUAACUACAUCACCGUUUCAUCGCCUCUAACGACUCAGCUGCCUCAGGCAGUCGGCGUCGCGUACUCUCUGAAGAUGGAUGGAAAGAAUGCUUGCGCCGUGGCCUUCGUAGGCGAUGGAGCGACGAGCGAAGGAGACUUUCAUGCUGCUUUGAAUUUUGCGGCAGUGAUGGACGCCCCGGUUUUGUUUGUGUGCAGAAACAACGGAUGGGCAAUAAGCACGCCGUUGUCCGAGCAGUUCAGAAGCGAUGGUGUCGUAGUUAAGGGACAGGCGUAUGGGAUUCCCAGCAUUCGUGUAGAUGGAAACGACGCACUUGCUGUUCACGCCACAGUUCAUGCGGCGCGAGAGAUGGUGGUGCGCGAGCAGAAGCCAAUACUUAUAGAGGCUAUGACAUACAGAGUUGGACAUCAUUCAACAUCGGAUGACUCGACAAAAUACAGAUCACCAGACGAGAUUGAGCAAUGGAGGACUAGUCGCAGCCCGGUGACACGGUUCAGGAAAUUCGUCGAGAGGAACGGCUGGUGGAGCCACGAUGAGGAGACUGAGCUUCGUGCAAGCACAAGGAAGCAGGUGUUGAAAGCAAUUCAGACAGCUGAUAAAAUGGAGAAACCAUCACUGGAAGAUUUGUUCACUGAUGUAUAUGAUCAGGUUCCCGAAAAUCUCCAAGAACAAGAAAAAGCAGUCAGGGAUGCUGUCAGAAGACAUCCCCAGGAAUUCCCUACUGAUGUGCCUCUGUAGAUUCUUGAUUCACCAAAUGCACAUAAAUCUGAUGAAGAAUUUAACAAUAAUUGAAAAGGGAUCAUAAAUCAUUAAUCCAUACCAUAUAUUGUGGUAAAUUUGUUUUUUAUAAAUGGACAGAUUAUUGCGUUUC